GGAAAAAAUAAGAAGCUGACCGAGACCGAUUGUCUUCUUUAUCCCUCGCAUGCCCUUCUCCUUCUCUAAGGUCGUAUUUUCCUUCCGUUCCCAUCUCAUUCCUUGUAAAUCCUCCCACCUCUCUCCUCCCUUUCCUUCGUUCUCACCGAGCAGAGCCGCCCUUGGCCGACCCUCCACCAGUGACGCCUCCAAACAAAUCGAUCAAACUUCUUUUCCCCCUCCUUGAACAAAAUUUCUCUUCAGCGACUUCUUCACCCUUGGUCGGCCUCUGCAUCACCGGCUUCUGUUUCAUCAGCACCGACCACAUCGUCUUGCUCCUCCAUUCUCCACCGAAGCUAGCAGCGCCGUCCAGACAGACCUUUCUCAGUCAGCACUUUCUCAGUCAGCAACUACCAAACGGGGCUUAACUUGUUCUCUGUUGUAGCUGCAACAGAUAUCUAUCCAACAAACAUGAUGAAGAUUGGGGAGAAGAGGAAUUCAUUAUCUGCACACAUUAAACAGUGUUCCUAAGGAUGUGAUAGAGAAGGGCCAGAACCGAGUCAUGGAGGCAUCUCUUACACUCAUUCGUGAGAGGGCAAAACUUAAGGGAGAGCUAGUUCGUGCAUUAGGUGGUGCUAAAGCUUCAGCAUCUCUUCUUGGAGUUCCUCUUGGACACAAUUCAUCCUUUCUUCAGGGUCCCGCAUUUGCUCCACCUAGGAUUCGAGAGGCCAUUUGGUGUGGAAGCACAAAUGCCACCACAGAGGAAGGGAAAGAGUUGAAUGAUCCUAGGAUUUUAACAGAUGUGGGUGAUGUUCCUGUUCAAGAGCUUCGAGAUUGUGGAAUAGAUGAUGACAGAUUGAUGAAUAUCAUCAGUGAGUCUGUCAAACUAGUGAUGGAAGAAAGUCCAUUGAGGCCUUUAGUUUUAGGGGGUGAUCAUUCGAUAUCAUAUCCUGUAGUGAGGGCUGUGUCUGAGAAGCUUGGAGGACCUGUGGAUGUUCUUCACCUUGAUGCACAUCCUGAUAUCUAUGAUUGCUUUGAAGGAAAUAAGUAUUCACAUGCAUCUUCUUUUGCUAGAAUUAUGGAGGGUGGUUAUGCUAGGCGUCUCUUGCAGGUUGGCAUCCGAUCAAUAACAAGUGAAGGACGUGAACAAGGGAAAAGAUUUGGAGUUGAGCAAUAUGAAAUGCGCACAUUUUCAAAAGAUCGACACUUUUUGGAGAAUCUGAAACUUGGAGAGGGUGUUAAGGGAGUGUAUAUCUCAAUAGACGUUGACUGUCUUGAUCCGGCAUUUGCCCCUGGUGUUUCCCAUAUCGAGCCGGGAGGCCUCUCAUUCCGAGACGUUCUCAACAUUCUCCACAAUCUUCAAGCCGAUGUUGUUGGUGCAGAUGUGGUCGAGUUCAACCCACAACGUGAUACUGUUGAUGGGAUGACUGGCAUGGUUGCUGCUAAGUUGGUCAGAGAGUUGACUGCAAAAAUAUCUAAAUGAAGAAACCAGUUUGCUUGGUUUAUCAUUAAAAAUAAAUAUUAAUGAUGUAGCUUCAUUUGAGUUAUUCCGUUGGUUUAUUUCCUGUUUUUAAAUAUCAUAUCUGAAGAACUCAAGUUGAUCAUAGUGAAAACCAUCUUUACUAAUUUAGCUAA